AUGGCGACUGACGACGACAACUUCGAUAUCGACAUCUACGGCGAUGGCACAUACAACGCCAAUGAGCCCGGUGCGCAGGAGGAUUCGGAGCUCGUUCUAGAUGCGCCCGAGAAUUUGCCCCAGUCGAAUGCUGGCCCAUCCAACAACGCUCAAACCAAUGCAAACGCCCAAGGAGCCCCCAUCAAGCACGAGGAUACCGGUCCACCUCAGAACCAGCCCGCUGGAAAUAUAGCUGCUCAGUCGGCCACUCAGCAACAGACAACCCCCAACGGCCUACCUGCAGCACCUCAGGGAACCAAGAGAAAAGAAUACGAAGAUCAAUCCGCCGAUCGCGAUGUCAAUGCUACGACUGCUUUGCUAAUCUCGGAUCUUACCUGGUGGACAACCGAAGACGACGUCCGAGGCUGGAUCAACCAUGCCGGAGUCGAACAGCAGUUGAAGGAUGUGACCUUCAGCGAGCACAAAGUGAAUGGUAAAAGCAAGGGUCAAGCCUUUGUCGAGUUCACUACUGCACAGGCGGCUACAGCAGCUCGUCGUAGCAUUGGACAUGGCGGUAUCAGUGGACAGGCUCACACCGUGCACUACACUAGCCCUCAACAAAAUCCCUUCAAAACUCUUCCCAAAGAAAACCCCGCACGUGGACCUGGCGGUCGCUCUGGCACUACCCACCACACUGGUGGUGGUUCCAACUACAACAACAACGCUGGCGGUGGAUUCCGCGGCGGUGGCCGAGGUGGUUAUAACACCCGUGGUACUGGAGGCAACUUCAACAACCGCGGCAACUUCAACUCCGCAGGUGGAUUCCAAGGUGGAUUCCAGGGUGGUUUCGGAGGCGGUUUCCAGGGUGGAGCACCCAACCCUAUGAUGGGUGGCUUCCAAGGUGGUCCUAUGGGCGGUGCUAUGCAAAUGCAAAAUUAUGGCUUCAACAACAACCGCGGUAACAUGGGCGGUGGUUUCGGUCGUGGCGGCGGCGGACGCGGCCGUGGUGGCAAUGCGAUGACUGGUGGCCCGAACAUGAUGGGCAUGACUCCUAUGGGCACCCCGAUGGGCAACAUGGGCAUGAACCCGAUGGCUGGCAUGAAUCAGAUGCCCGGUAUGAAUCAAAUGCCCGGUAUGAAUCCGAUGAUGGGCGGUGGCAUGGGACCUGGCAUGGGAGCGCAAUCACAAAACUUCCAGAGCGGCGGUGCUCCGGGAUUCAACCAAACUGGCUUUUACAACAAUCCUAACAACCAGGGUGGACCCAACCAAGCUGGGGCUGGCUCCGAUCAAGGUUCCUGGAAUCCUCACGGCGCGAAACGAAGCCGCCAGGACUAA